AUUUCUGGUCCGCCCCUAGUUAAAAACCCUGGUUCCAUUUGCUUACACCAGAGAAAAAGCGGGAAAAGUGAGCGCAGGCUACACCAAGGAGAGAGAAACUGUGUACUGUAGUGGCUAUUGACAGAGGCUGUCGAGAUGGCGCCAUUGUUGCAGAGCUCUCAGCAAUGGGUGGAAAAAUAUCGGCCAAAGAAAGUGAAGGAUGUUGCUCAUCAAGAUGAAGUCGUUAAAGUUCUCACAAACACUCUCGAAACCUCCAAUUGUCCUCAUAUGCUAUUCUAUGGCCCACCUGGAACCGGAAAAACCACCACCGCGCUCGCCAUUGCUCAUCAACUUUUCGGGCCUGAACUUUACAAGUCCAGGGUGCUAGAGUUGAAUGCUAGUGAUGAUCGUGGCAUCAAUGUCGUUCGUACAAAAAUUAAAAAUUUUGCUGCUGUUGCUGUAGGUUCUGCACAACGACAGGGAGGCUAUCCUUGUCCACCUUAUAAAAUCAUAAUUCUAGACGAGGCAGAUUCAAUGACUGAAGAUGCUCAGAAUGCGUUGCGUCGAACAAUGGAGACCUACUCUAAAGUUACAAGGUUCUUUUUCAUCUGUAAUUAUAUUAGCAGGAUCAUAGAGCCAUUGGCUUCAAGGUGUGCCAAAUUUAGAUUUAAACCACUUCCGGAAGAUGUAAUGAUAACUCGUAUUUUGCAUAUAUGUGGAGAAGAAGGCCUCAAUCUGGAUUCUCAGGCACUUUCGACCUUGAGUUCCAUUUCACAAGGUGAUCUUCGUCGGGCCAUUACAUACUUGCAGGGAGCUGCUCGCUUGUAUGGUUCAUCCAUUACCUCCAAGGACUUAAUUAGUGUGUCUGGGGUCAUACCAGAGGAGGUUGUACAGGAUUUGUUGGCUGCUUGCAAGAGUGGUAACUUCGAUUUGGCUGACAAAGAAGUGAAUAAUGUCAUUUCAGAAGGCUAUCCAGUUUCGCAGAUGAUUUCUCAGUUAUUUGAUAUUAUCGUGGAAGCUGAUGAUUUGUCAGAUGAGCAGAAGGCAAGGGUUUUUAAAAAGUUGGGUGAAACAGAUAAGUGUCUUGUUGAUGGAGCAGACGAGUAUUUGCAGUUGCUAGAUGUUGCUGGUAACACCAUGCGUGCCUUUUGUAACAUGGCACAAGAUUUCUCCUAUUAGACUUGUUAGCUUUGGAGUAUACAGUAGCUUAAACUUUCCGAUAUAUCAUAUAUGAUAAUAUGAAACGAUGUCAAAUGAAAAUUUUUAGAGACACAUGCUGGAAGUUUUCAUAGCCUUGUAUUUUAGCAAAGUGAGCAGUGGGCCGACGGAAGAGGUUUCUUUUUGGAGAGGAAAUCUAGUGUGUCCUGCAUUAGCAAUUAUCUAAUUAUGAAGGUGGUCAUUUUGUUCUCUCACUGGUCAUGAGCCUCUAAGCAUUAUUAACAAGAAAAGUAAAAUCAUCAAACCUCUUAUCCUUCACUA